CUUCCCGCGCCCCGCCCGGCGGCUGCGGGAGGAUGUGGCUCUUUGGCUUCGCUACAACUUUCUGGGGAUUCUGUCUCCUUCCAGUGGGCGCCCUGCAAAUCCAGUGCUACCAGUGCGAGGAAUUUCAGCUGAACAACGACUGCUCCACGCCGGACUUCAUCGUCAACUGCACAGUCAACGUCCAGAACAUGUGCCAGAAGGAGAUCAUGGAGCAAAGCUCAGGGACCCUGUACCGGAAGGCGUGCGCGUCUUCGGCGGCCUGCCUCAUCGCCUCGGCCGGAUACCAGUCCUUCUGCUCGCCGGGGAAGGUCAACUCCGUGUGCAUCAGCUGCUGCAGCACCCCGCUCUGCAACGGACCUCGCACCCGCAGGCUGCCCGCCAACGCCGGCGCCCGCGCCCGCCCCGGGGACCCCCCCGGGAUCCUCCCCGCCGCCCUCCUCCUCCUCCUGGAACUCACCCUGCGGGCCACGCUCUGCUGAGGGGGCUCGCCCGGGGGAACCCCGACACGCACUUCUGGAAAGAAACAGUUUUGUAAGCGAUGAAUAAAU